GACUAAAGUGUGGGCUCACUCAGCCGGGUUGUCGUGGUGCUGGACGAACAGCGUGACAUUUGCAGAGGAGGAAAAAAUCCCAUUUUUCGCUGUUUUUAUCAGGAAUUGCACAUGGUGGAGUGAUUGAGUGUGAGUGGCGACAAGUGGGGCGACGAUCAGUGCAUUUAGACUCGCCAUAUGAACAUUCCAGUGAGUGAAAAGCCAAGAAAGCGAGUCGCGUGAAAGUUCAAAAUGGACAGCAUACGCAAGGAAUUGGACGAACUGGCGGCGGAAUACAAGGAAUUGGAGACCGUCAACCAGAACUACCUGGAGCUGCUGGAGGGACUGGGAAGUAUGCAGGAGAAAUGCAAGAAGGACAUCAAACACCAGCGAUACCGGAUGAAUCAGAUCAACCUGAACCUCAAGAAGCUCACAAAGCAAGAAACACUUUCCCAGGAGUUCCAGGAGGAGUUUGGGGAGAUCGAGAAGGGGAUUAUGAAGCGGAAAGCUCAAUUGCAUGAAAUCGAACAGACUCUGCCGAAGGAAAAUGGACUGUAUUUGAAGAUCAUCCUGGGCAAUGUGAAUGUGUCAAUUCUCAAUAGAAACGACAAGGUGCGAUAUAAGGACGAUUAUGAGAAGUUCAAGCUGAUUCUCAAUGUGAUCGGACUCGCCAUGGCGCUUCUCAAUCUCGUGGUGAACUACAGAGCGCUGGAGUUGGCGUUUAUGUUCCUGCUGGUGUGGUAUUACUGCACGCUGACCAUUCGGGAGUCCAUCCUGAAGGUGAAUGGCUCGCGAAUCAAGGGAUGGUGGCGAGCGCAUCACUUCAUCUCGACUGUUUCCGCCGGCGUUCUUCUCGUGUGGCCUCAAGGAGAGCCUUGGCAGCUAUUCCGCAGUCAAUUCAUGUACUUCAACGCCUACAUAAGUAUGGUUCAAUACUUACAGUUUCGGUAUCAAAAAGGAGUUCUGUAUCGUCUCAAAGCCCUCGGCGAAAGGCACAACAUGGACAUUACAAUUGAGGGUUUCCACACGUGGAUGUGGAAGGGAAUCGGAUUCCUCCUGCCAUUCCUCUUCAUCGGCUAUGUUUUCCAAGCCUACAACGCUUGGGUGCUGUACAAGCUCUCUCACCAUCCUGACGCCACAUGGCAGGUGCCGAUGAUGAGUUUCCUCUUCUUGAUCCUCUUUGUCGGCAACACCACGACCACAAUGCUCGUGGUGCCGCAGAAGAUGAGGGAGCGCGCCAAGGAGCGAUACAGGCUCAAGAGCUUAUCCUGGGCACUGAAGAUUAGAGAUCAAAUCAAGGGCGACAAGAGGAAGGCGUCAGAGAAGUCGUCGCCGGUGAAUUCCAGUGGGAAGAAGAGUGAUUAGGCUACGUAGUAAAAAAAAGUUUUGAAUUUUGGGGCCAGGGCAUCGAGGGAA